UUGGCAGUUGAAAAGAAUUGAAAAUUAGGAGUUAAUCUUUCUCUCUGACAAUUAACCAAUCCAAUUUCAUAAAUUCCGGCGCAUUUUCUCCAUCUCCGACCAACGCCCGUCCAAUAACAAUUAUCAAUAAAUAAAUGGCAACAACGGAUCUUUCCAAUUCAAAUCCGUUUCCACCUUUGGUCCAAGUUUUUAAUCAUGUACAACAACCUCAGAUCCAGCCUUCGCUUCAAAUCGGAGCAAUUCUUCUCUCUUUCUUAACUGCCGCUCACUAUGGUCGCCGAGCUUUCUCCCAUCAGGCUGAAGAGGGAAGACUGUAAACGCACCAAACACGACUCCGAUUUCUCCAAAUGGGAGAUUCUUGUUGCCUCUUCUGAUUGGGAAGACUAUUCAUUGGGGAAGGAAGGUGCAGAAAGGUACAGAAUUCACAAUCUUCCUAAAGUUUCAGGUCCUGGAUUGUAUGAGCUUGGCAUUACUGUAUCUAGCUCCGGUUUAGGUCGUGAGAUAGCUAAACUAGACGCAGACUGGAUAGUUGUUGUCUACCUUGGCGAAGCUGACAACGUGAGAACACGAUUACAGCACUAUGGUCGCUCGGGUUCUCAUUUGGGCAAUGCCUAUUUCUGUGUUGUUGACUGUAAGGUUUUUCCUCUUGAAAAGGGACCCAGUUUAUUUCAAGAAAUGUUCUCAAGAGGGUACUCCAUUGUGUAUAGAUGGGCUCCUAUGAAAAACAAGAAGAAUGCUCAGAUGACUGAAACUCAACUGCUUAAAACAUUUGACUAUGCAUGGAAUACAAGUGGUAAUGGUGCACGGCGCCAUGACGAUGUACUAAAAAAACUUGAGAACAUCGCUUCACAAACUACAAAAUCUACCUUUAUUUCCAGAAAGCUUCUGCCUUUUACACAGAAGAAAAUGGGCAUCAAAAUUAAAACAAGCAAGUCAAUUCCAAUGGUGAACAAACCAGCUGAAGAUGCUGAGGAGAGGAACAAUUUCUUUUCUCGCAUUCUCAGUUUCAGCAGAUCUCGGCCUAGACUUGUUGACAACACUAAUGAUGUUAAUUGGGCAGAUAGCAAUAGCUGCGGAGUGGUCAUAGGUCAUAACGGUGAGGUUUAGGAAGCCCCAGUUGAAGGAAGAAAAAGGUGUGCUGAACAUAAAGGGAUGAAGAUUAAUGGAUUACUAAAGAACUCAUCUAGCAGAUUUAUUUUACAAAAGCCCGUGAAUGUAGGAACAACCAUAUAUGGUGAAAAAGACUUCUCUUGUAGUAAAUCUGAGAUUCCCAAUAGCACAGAAGAAUGCUCAGUUUCGAAUUCAUUUCCCAAUAAGGGGAGUUCUCUUCCAAUUUGUGGAGUUGUUCUGUAUGAUGGCUCUCCAUGUAGAAGACCCCCAGUUCAAGGAAGGAAACGGUGUGAAGAACACAAAGGGCAACGAAUUUGUAGAUCGACUUUAGUCACUUCCAAGUACCAGCAAACUUCACCCAUAUCAAAACCUGAGUCAACUGUGAUAGCACAAGGCACUUCUUCAGAACUUUCUAGCUCAGGUCUCGAAAGAAUGUGUGGUGUUGAUUUAGGCAAUGGACUCAACUGCACUAGGCAGCCAGUGAAAGGACGAGUUAGGUGUGGGGAACAUAAAGGAAUGAGAACUAAUAAGUUGAUUUCAACGUUAGCCACAAGCAACAAACCGGAUGUGUCCGAUACCGGUUCCGUCAGCUAAAUUUUUAAUCCAGCUAAAAGUUUGUGAUAAUAUCCGUAAACCAACUUGGCAAUUCUCCUUCCUUAUUCAUCAAGAGGAAAUUCAUAGCGUCACAAUUCAGAAUAAAACCAUCUGUUACCAGGACUCCGCUGGCUACAUGGUGAACAACUUCAGCAAACAGGUCAAACUUGUGUAACUUAGGGUACAUGUUUUUGUUGUAUGAUAUGUACUUAUUCUAAUUUAUCAUUGUAUCUUGAACUUAUAGUUGCUUGUUGCCUUGAUGAACACAGAAGAGAUAAGUCUCCUUACAAAAUUUGAGUCUACUUUCUUUUUUCCAACAAGAGCUUGUAUCUUUAGACCAUUAACAAUUUAUUAAUUAUAUUAUUGCGUUCCUCCCUGGUACU